AUGGAUUUCAACCUGGUGCCUCGGGGCUUUGACCGGAACUACACGGGAAUUUUAACUAAGACGAUUGUCUACUCAGGGACACUCGCCAUCUUUUUAGCUUCCUUUGCACUCACUAUAUCUUCGAUCAUCAUACCGAAAUGGGUCAGCUACCACAGUGAAAAGCCAGCCCACCACUACUCCUACGGCCUGCACCGUCGCUGCUCUUCCCUAUCCGAUACCUGCGAGAGCUUCCCACAACGAGAAGACUGCCAUGGCGAGGACCGGUACUUCUGCUCCAUGUGGCGCUCCGUCGGGUUUCUCAUGUCCUUUGCCGUCGUGCUCGAGGGGAUGAGCAUCGUAACCUACAUCAUUAUCCUGGGAGGUGGGAAACGGCUCCGUGAGAAUGGAUGGAGGAUCCUCAGCAUUCUAAUUGUGAUAUCGGCUUUGAUUCAAGCUGCGAGCAUGUCGAUAGUGGCAUACCUGUUCGAUAACGAGGACCGAUUUUUCGUUGGUUGGCAGCUUGAUCAGUCGUGGAUCUUCUGUACUGUUAGCUGGUGCAUCGGUCUCUUCUGCGCUGGCGCGAUCAUUGUCGCCGCCAAGAUUCUACCUUCGGAGGGUGGCUAUGAGCUGAUCCCGGACCAUGACGAGCUAAGGGUCACUUAA